UAGGCAAGCGCGAGUGCGAGGGCUAAAUAAGGAUUGGAUUCCCCCCAACCCAAUUCCUUUCUUCCGCCCUACUCACCAUCUUGAACAACAAACAGCAAUAAUGAAGAAAACACGGUCUCGUGCCCACGGCGGCAGAGUUUCCAUACCAUUGAUCUUGUCAUAUGUCUUUGACUGGAUCAUCAUCGUUGCCGCCGCCGUAGUCGCAGCGGUGUUUUCAACCAUUACCCCAAACAAGAGACCAUUCUCACUCAACAAUGCCGAGAUCAGUUAUCCCUUUGUCACUAAGGAGAAGAUAUCCACGGCGACUUUGGUGAUCUGUGGUCUUGUAGCUCCGGCAGCCAUCAUCUUCAUUGUCUGCCUCUUCCUCGUUCCUGGACCAACCGUUCCCAAAUCAACGCCAAAAGCUCUGAUAUGGAGAAGGAAGCUGUGGGAAUGGCACACAGGAUGGCUAGGACUCGGAUUGUCUCUUGCGGCGGCUUUCCUCAUCACCAAUGGCAUGAAAAACCUCUUCGGAAAACCUCGACCGGACCUGCUCUCGCGCUGCAACCCCGAUCUCCUGAACAUUGGGAAAUACGCCGUGGGGGGCUUUCCAAAUGCUCUGGAGGGAUUCAACGUCGUCGCCGCUGCCAUUUGUCAGCAGACUGACAAAUCUCUUCUCGAUGACGGCUUCCGGAGUUUCCCAAGUGGUCAUUCCUCAUUCUCCGCGGCAGGAUUGAUCUACCUCAGUCUAUUCCUUGCCUCAAAGCUUGCCAUUACCAUCCCAUUCCUGGCGCCCAGCUUCUACAGCCAAGACAGGUCCAUGUUUUCAGCAUUCCCUUCGCGCGCCGAAAAGAGAGACUUGGAGAACUCUAGAAUUCAAAGCCAAGACAAGCAACCAGGAGAUAAUCGGGUCCAGCUUCCUUCAGGACAUAACGACGCAAUCAUUGCAGCACGCAACCAAGCUGCGGCCCCUCCAGUAUAUCUCCUCAUCUUCGCCAUUAUUCCCUUCUUCGCCGCCAUCUACAUUUCGUCAACACGCUUUUCAGAUUUCAGACAUCAUGGCUUCGAUAUUCUCUUCGGUUUCUUUAUCGGUACGGUAACAGCCGUCUUCAGCUUCCGUUGGUAUCAUCUCCCGAUAAGCCAGGGAGCCGGGUGGAGUUGGGGACCUAGGAGUAAGGAGAGGAGUUUCUGGGCAGGCAUUGGCGUGGGAAGUUAUGUUGGCAGAGGUGAGGCCGACGUCGUGGCCGAUAACGUAGAUGAAGAGAAUGGAACUGUAGACGGACCUGUGACCAAUGAUGUGGGUGGUACUGUUGGGGGCCAGUCUGGUAGUGAAGUGAAGUGAAGUGGAGCGGAGUUGGGAUAGCAAUAACAACGAAUCAAGCUUCGACCAGUUGAUAACGAAUGGGAAACAUCCAAUGACUGAAGGAGAUUGGACUGCAUGAUUCUUGGCGUAAGGAGU